CGUCACUGGACUCAAGCAAAGGAGGAAGUCCAGAGAGAAUAAAUGGGCUCUCUCAUACAUGAACAUUAACAUGCCUCCAGCAGCGCCAUAAAUGAUGACAUCCUGAUAAGAGCCUGUUUGGAAGCCAGCAGACAAAGUGAGUCCAGAUGGCAUUACCAAAGGCAGUGCAGUUUGCUGUUAUUAUCCUGGUUGUUUGCUACAGUCUGGAGAAGCAGGGAUGCAGACAGUCUCUGACGGCCUUCUUUGAGGAACUGAUGGGUCUAAAAACAUCCAGUCUCCACAUAGGAAAGAGAGCAGUUGCAACAAAUGCCACUGAUUAUGAGCUCCAAAUUGUUGUAAACAUCUCAGACCUGAAAAGUCUCCAGAUGAUUUUGAACACACUCAGCUUCCCCAUAGUGAUCAACACAACUGGUGAAUUAACAAGCGUAAACAUCACAACAGUGUGUUCAUCAAAUAUGUCUAGAUACCAGUGCAGAUGUGAGGAGAACUUUGCUUGGUCUUAUAACAGCUGCAUUAGCUAUGGAGCCUGCGAUGCCAUUUCUGGUAACACAUGUGGAUGCAUCAAUGACCUUCCUGCAGACGACCAGUACUGCCAGCCAAACUCCAGCCAAACAGUGAUAUCAACGACACCUGCAGCCACAACAAACACAACCCAACGUCCUACAACAGCAGCUGUGAUAUUAACGACACCUGCAGCCACAACAAGCAUAACCCAACGUCCUACAACAGCAGCUGUGAUAUCAACGACACCUGCAGCCACAACAAGCACAACCCAACGUCCUACAACAGCAGCUGUGACAUCAACGACACCUGCAGCCACAACAAACACAACCCAACGUCCUACAACAGCAGCUGUGAUAUCAACGACACCUGCAGCCACAACAAGCACAACCCAACGUCCUACAACAGCAGCUGUGACAUCAACGACACCUGCAGCCACAACAAACACAACCCAACGUCCUACAACAGCAGCUGACCCAGUUGAGACUGAUUUAAUCCUGGACUUGCACAUCCCAGUUAUCAGUGUGCCAUCCAACUUCUUUGAAAUGUUCAGAAACACUUUGACAAAUGUCCAGUUCCCCGUAACUGUCACAUCAUCUUUAACAGUUAUAGAUGUGAACUUCACCACAGGAUGCUAUCCAAACUCCUCCACUGGAGGACUGCAGUGUCAGUGUGAAGCUGAGUUUCUGUGGUCAUGUGACAUGUGUCUCACCUACGGUGAAUGCAGUAAUGCAAGCAGACAAACCUGUGAGUGUAUAAAUGGACUUCCUCCUGGUUUACAGUUCUGCCAACCAGUCACAAGUGUACCUCCAUGUCCAACUCCAACAACAACAAUAACAACAACACCAGACUUAACAACCAUAGCAAACACAACAACACCAGAAAUUAUAAGUACUGCUACACCAACAACAACCACAUCAACUACAACAACUACAGCGACCACAACAACUACAGCUACUACAGCAGCCACAACCACAACGACCACAACAACUACAGCAACUACAGCAGCCACAACCACAACAACUACAGCAACUACAGCAGCCACAACCACAACGGCUACAACAACCACAGCAACAGUCAUUUCUCGUAGUGCACAAUUUACCAUGGACAUGACUUACCAAAACUUAUUCAACAACCCAGAUAAUGAAGUUUACAAAAAUGUGUAUAAAUCUAUUGAAACAACAUGUAAGAGCAGCAUCUCCAGUUGUUCAGUAAGAACACUUUCCUUCAAGAGUGGAAGCACCAUCGCUGUGUAUACUGUCAGUGCUCCUUCUCUUAGUGACCCAGACAUGACCCAAGUACAAAAUGGGGUAUUUAAGGACCUGGCAUCAAAAUACCCAAUGGUGUUUGACAAUGGACCAAAUUUGGUGUUUGAACCAAAAACAAUAUUUAUUGGGAAUAGUGUGACUGUGAGAUGUGGUCCCCCACCACUGGACAUCGUGUUUGGUAGCAACUGGGAUGCAGUGUGGACUGUUAAUGGCGCAAACAUUACAGAAGACGCACAACACAAGUUCACCAAAACUCCGGAUGGAGCAUCAAAAUUGUUUGUGUCAACAUUUUUCCGAACUGAUGAUGGGAAUUAUGAAUGUAGGCUGAAGCAGACAAAUGGUUCAAUUUUCCGACAGAAAGGAUCCUUCACAGCCCAACCACAACCCCUGAUCCAAGUGAAACCAGUCUCAGAAAUUGUGACUUGUGAUGUUAAAUCUACAACGCUAAGCUGUAGUGUCAGUGAUAACAACAUUGUUGAGUUUAAGGAGUUCAAUAAAACAGGCCCAAGUAUCACCUAUGAUUAUCCAACCCCUGCCAUCUGUCCAAAUAAGCCUCCACCAGUCACUUGUCAAACAAAAACAGAUCCAGUGUUUAAAAGAAACAUCAUACUGGAGUUUGUCUCCUUACUAGCUAUUAAAUGUAAGAGUGACAGAUUUGGUGAUGGAACUUUAGGUUUUGUGGCCGUAGUGGCUUGCACAGGGAACAAGGUGGGGGAAAUAACAGCAGUUUGUCAGGACAAUGGUGAAUAUGGAGAUGUCCAAGACAACUGCAUCCUACAAGUGGUCAAGGAGCUGCUUGAUCAGUCUGAGAUCCUGACUGCACAAACUCUUCCGGUAUUCUUGGCGCAGCUCAGUAAUGUUUCUGUGAACAACAGUAAUGAAAUAACUGGAUCUCCUGCCACCAUUAAAGCCAUUGUUAAUAUACUUACAAAUGUAGCCAAUACAUCUUCAUCAUUGUCUGUCUUAAUAAAUAGAAAUGUAAUGACGGAUGUCCUGAUAACUGCAGAUGUCCUCACCAGUAAUGAUGCAAUUGAUUCAUGGAGAACUUUGAACAAAAAUGAUACUAAAAACAUCACGUCAUCAAGAAGCAACAACCCUGAUGCAAAAAGUUCCAGCUCAUCAUUUUUACAGUCUCUUGAGACUAUAACAUCCCAUCUUACCAAUGACUCUUUCAACAUCAGCACAUCGCGUAUUCUCUUGGACAAAACCACAUUCACAGAUACUUUUAGCAGUGACUUUAAUUCCUCGGUGGUGGUAGACAUACCAGAGUCUGAUGGAAGAAACAAGUCAAUCACUGUGAUAACAUUUGCCUCCAUGAACAACGUCCUUCCUCCAAGAGAUAAAGUCAAUUCAUCAGUUAAUGUUAUCAAUGGAAAGGUUGCACUUAUCCAGUCCAAUGGUACAAAAAACAUUUCUAUAACAUUUGAUACUCUAAAUGACACUCUGGGGAAUCCGCAGUGUGUUUUUUGGAACUUCAGCCUCUACGAUGGUCUGGGAGGAUGGGACACUGAGGGCUGCUUCUUGGUGUUCAAUGUAAACGAAACUGUCAGCUGUAACUGCAACCAUCUCACCUCGUUCUCUAUCCUAAUGUCACCCAACAGCCCUAAAAACCUCAUCUUGGACUACAUAACCUACAUUGGAGUUGGCAUAUCCAUGGGUUCCUUGGUGAUAUGUCUCAUCAUAGAAGGUGUCAUAUGGAAAAAAAUAAGAAGGAACACUACGUCUUACUUGCGCCACGUUUCCAUUGUGAACAUCGCCGUUUCUCUCCUGAUUGCAGACAUUUGGUUUAUCAUUGGAGCGGCUAUUUCUGAAAAGAACAACACAUCAGCAUGCUCUGCAGCAGUUUUUUUUAUCCACUUUUUCUACCUUGCUCUGUUCUUCUGGAUGCUAGCCUCAGCUCUGCUGUUGCUCUACCGCACCAUCAGUGUCUUUGAUGGAGGCUUAUCUAAGAUGUCAAUGCUGGCUAUUGGAUUUUCUCUGGGAUAUGGUGCACCUCUCAUCAUUGCAGUCAUAACAGUAGCUGUUACUGCACCUAAAAAGACAUAUAUUCGAGAAAAUGCAAUCUGCUGGCUUAACUGGGACGAGUCCAAAGCUCUGCUGGCAUUUGUGAUCCCUGCACUGUUGAUAGUGGUGAUAAACCUCAUAAUCCUGUUUGUGGUAAUAUACAAGAUGUUAAGGAGGAGGGUGUCCACGACUGCUUCACAAGCAGGUGAGAAGCAUGUUCUGCUGGUAAUUGUCAGAAGUUUGGCUGUGCUCACCCCAUUUUUUGGACUAACUUGGGGUCUGGGAGUUGGAAUCAUGGUCAACCCAAAUAAUAUCGGAAUCCAUAUUGCAUUUGCAUUUUUCAAUUCACUGCAGGGUUUCUUCAUUUUGGUGUUUGGAACACUGUUGGACAAAAAGGUGCGAUCUGAAAUAGCAGCCAUGUCACAAUCUUCCCAGAGCGGGACGAGGAGCACCAGUGGUGGAAUAUCGUUCAGUAAACUGGGAUUCUUACGGCUUUUGAGACGAGGAAAAGAUUCUUCAGGCGGCUACAAUGUGUCAUCAAAUUUAUCCAACGACUCAUUCAACAACACCUAAUAAUACACUGCUCAGUUUAAAAAGACAAAUCAGACUUUUUGUUCUUAACAGCUUCAUAAUACAUUGGUCUGAACUUUUAUAUGCCAUCCAAAACAAGAUUUAAUUAGAUCUUUCUGGAUUUGGUUUGUCAAUAAUGAAGGAAGCAAUAAUCACGUCUUCUUGUAAAACUAUUACAACUUUAUAAAAUAUUUAAUAUUGUAGUCCUAACUGCCUGUUAUUUUUUCAUAAGAUUUACUUUCUGAUAUAUACAUUUUUUUUUUUCAUUUUUCAUCAUUUAUUAAAGUAAAAAGAUUUUUGUAUCUUAUUAGACUAGAUUUUUGUAUUCUCAUGGGCAUAUUAACAUCAGUCUUUUUUAUUUGAAUUCUAGUCCGUUUGCUCAGAAAUUUUGCUUCAUUUGGGGUAUUGUGAAGGUGCAAAUGAACUCUGAUUUGGAUCUUAGAAGUGGACUCGGUCUGCCUAUGAAUGUGGUUCUCAGUCUGCUUCAAGUGGACCAAAUACAGGAAGCGAACUACAAGCAAAGUGUGGGUUAGCGCAUGGCAUUAUGGGUGAACACACCCAAAACAUACGUGCAUGUAGGAUGAUAGGUGGCUCUGGAUGGGACAAAUCCCUCGUGGUGAGCACAAACCGCAUCUAGAAGAACCUCGCACCCCCCAAAUGAACCAAGUCCCCAAUCGUACUGAGCCUAGCGGACUAUCCUGGAGUGUUUUCAUCUAAAAAUGUUUUUGACAUCUACAAGUAAUCAUUACAUCCACCCAUCUAUCCAUGUUUUACCUGCUUAUUCCAAUCUAGUUGGGGUUAGUCAUUACAUAGUUUGCUAAUUAAAAAACUUUUACAGUAGCUGCAUCAUCACUCUUCCUUUACAGAUCAAAUCUGAUCUAUGAAGCAAAGCCGUCCAACACAGAACAGCAUGUUUGUUUACACUAAAGGAAUAAUGCUAAAAAAUUUGCCUCAGUGUUCCAAUUAUUUAGACAAAGUCUGAGAAAUUACUAUUUUUAAUGUUUUUUUUAUGUCAUUAAUAAAUUGGAAACAUCUCUGGUAUAACAGUGAUGCAGUGGUUAGUACGCUCAUCUAACAGUUUGGCAGCAGCUUGUAGAGCCGGGAUGGAUACCUCCGGUCCUCCUUCAGGUUUUUGAUGUUUACCUGUUGCAGCACAUUUGACGUGAUUUGAUUUUUAGCUAUCCAACAUCCUUUUUUGAAGUUCAAUACAGCUCUGUUAAUUAUCCUUCAUUUGAAUCAGGUGCGUUGGAGUAGGGAAACAUUUAAAACCUGCAGGACGCCCUCGAGGACCAAAAUUGCUGAUUAAUGUGUGAUGUUCAGGUGCUGCUGUUUUCUGUUUUUAUUUUCGAUAUUUCUACAUUGCACAACCUUGAGCAGACCUCCAUUAAAACCAAAUGUUACUUGAUAAUUUUUAUGUAUUUUGUAUAAUAGUUUUGUGUCUUACAAAACUUAACAGAAGGGAAAACAAACGUGCACUUUAACACCAUUUGAAGCUCCAAUUCUUUUUAUCUGAGUUAUAAAUUUACUAAAUCUGUGUACAAAAAUGAUAUUUUGCGAUGUGUUUGUGUCUCCUUUAUGUCUGAAAAAUGAAAGAAAGUUAUCCAAAUAAUUUAAACCCUAUUUAUCUGAAGGUUUCUUAUCUCUGGAAAUGUCUUUUUAAAAGAAACAUCUGUGGUGCUUUACAGAUGCUAAUGAGAAAUUUAAAUCACUUGUUUUGUUUUUACAAAAAAAGUUGUUUUUGCUCUUUUGUCAGUGAUCAGUUGUAAAAUCUAAUUCAGAAUUCAUUAAAGCAAGUGAUUAUACUAACUAAUAAUAAACAUUUUCCACA